AUUCCCAAAAAUAUGCAGAGAAUAAAGAGCUCCAACAAGCAAGCCACUUUAUUCCUUGCUUCCCUGAUUUCUCCCCUUCUGAGUCGUGGUUCCCUAUAGCUUAUCUUUCACAUACAAUCUCUCUCCCGCAUAUAUGUGUGUGUAUACAUAUAUAUAUUUGUAUCUUAGCGAUAUAGGUUUUGGCAAAUAUGGGUGGGAUAUUGUCAAUUCUUAGUAAGCAACAACGACGAGCGUUUAGAAGAGACGACAGGAGCAGUAGCCCCAGCGUAACAACUGCGAGAGCUUCGUACAGACCUGCUAUUUCGAGAGAACUAUCCAUGGAUAAGAGCAGUACAACUAGUAAAUCCGCAGGAACCAAGAAGCACAAGUAUGCAUAUAUACCUGACAGCUUUACCUCCCUUCCCCAGGUUACAGAGGCCUUGCGGAAAGAAGGUCUAGAAUCAUCAAAUCUCAUUCUAGGAAUUGACUUUACGAAAAGCAAUGAAUGGACAGGGAAAGUUUCGUUCAAUAACCGGAGCCUGCACGCAAUUGGCAGCACGCCUAAUCCGUAUGAAAAGGCGAUCUCCAUUGUUGGAAAAACUCUGGCCCCCUUUGAUGAAGACAACUUAAUUCCUUGUUUCGGUUUCGGUGACGCUACCACUCAUGAUACAGAAGUGUUUAGCUUCCACAGUGACCACUCUCCUUGCCAUGGUUUUGAAGAAGUUUUGUCCUGCUACAAAAAAGUAGUUCCAAACUUGCGACUUGCAGGGCCAACUUCUUAUGCUCCUGUGGUCGAUGCGGCAAUAGACAUUGUGGAGAAAAGUGGUGGCCAAUACCAUGUAUUGGUUAUUAUUGCAGAUGGCCAGGUUACAAGGAGUGUAAACACGCGUGAGAACGAAUUGAGUCCGCAAGAGAAGGAAACAAUCAGAGCGAUUGUUGAUGCAAGUUCAUAUCCGCUCUCCAUUAUUCUUGUCGGAGUUGGGGACGGACCUUGGGAAGACAUGAGGAAUUUCGAUGAUAAGAUCCCUGCACGUGAUUUCGAUAACUUUCAGUUUGUUAACUUUACUGACAUUAUGACUAAGAGUACAAGUUCUUCAGACAAAGAAACAGCUUUCGCUCUAGCUGCUCUUAUGGAAGUCCCAAUCCAAUAUAAAGCAGCAGUUGAGUUUGGUAUUCUUGGACGGACAACAGGAAAGGCGAAGAAGGUUGUUGCGCGCCCUCCACCAGCUCCUUAUUCACGUCCUUCACUGCCACGCCAACUGAGCAACUCUCCAGCAGACGCAGCAGAUGAACGAAGUCAGAUGGUAUGCCCAAUUUGCCUGACUAAUGGGAAAGACUUGGCUUUUGAUUGCGGACACAUGACGUGUAGAGACUGUGGGGCAAGAGUGUCCGUAUGUCCCAUUUGCCGCAAACCGAUCAACAGCCGUCUAAGGGUGUUUACCGGUUGACGACAACAAGGCAUUGUUUCAUUCCUCAGUUUGCAAACUGUGUUCUUUGAUCUUCCUUGCUUUCCCACUCAAACGCACAUUCCUGUUUCUGUAACUCAUAUGCUUAUGUGUGUAUGCAUAAAGUACAUGUACAGGCAUAUAUUUAUGCACGGUAUAAAGCUCUAUCUGUCAUUUAUAAUGUCAAAUGUCAGUUGUAAUUCUAAUAUCCUAAAUCCAGCAUGAGCAGUCUCGUUGUGUUA